AUGCGGACGACAGACAAGUACGUACAGUGCGAAAUGCGGAUCCGCCCGAAGCCCGUGGCUCGGGGACUCGAACCCAAACAAGGGAAAGAGCGGGGCUCCGAGUCAAUCGCCCUGCUCCUUCUCAACUUGCUGCUGUCCCAUUCCAAGUUUCCAACCGGCAGCUGCCCCGCUUGCACAUGGAAGGACACUCGGUACGUACUCCAGCACUCCAGUGUCUCCGGACCUCCUAUGCAUCUUCCAAGUUCCAAUCGCAGCUCUGACACGCCCUUCAUUUUAUCACCGACAAAUCAUGGCCUCACAUGUUCGACGACCAUCUCCCAUGGCCCAUCAGUCCUUGAUCAGCAACAGCCUCCCAUCAAUACGAGACCAUAUGAUCUGAGUCAACCUGAACCAGUUGCUCCAGACGACCUCCGCACUCAUCCGUUCCCUUUCCGUCGCCCCAAAUCAUGCACAUUCCGCAUUUCAGCAGACAAUGAGACGAUGAAAUCUCAUCGUACAUCGGCCGAAACCAUCGUCAUCCUCAUCGCCAGCGAGCCAAGUGUGCAAGGCACCAGGGGGAAGUGGGCAUUGUCCAGUCCUUGGAGAUUUCGAAAAGCCCUCGUUAUUGAGAAAGAAUCGAUCGAAACCGUACGCCCUGCAUCUGCACCUCUGUUAAACGGUUGGGCAGCUUUCCAUCGACCAGCAACUGGAAACCCCGUCCUGGACCCUGAUUCAGCCCCUGGCCCGUCGGUCAUCCCUGCGGCGAGCAUCCCGUUGCCGUUGCCGGGGCUUUCAACGCCCAAAACCUCUCAGUCCUACCCUCUGGCCCCUGGCAGUCACGCACGACGCAAGACCCCGAAGGACCCCGAUCGGUCACCCGGGUCGGCCAUGCCACUACAUCGAGCCUCGAACAUCUGCACGCCAAAACAAUCAAAAAACCGUUGCAAAAAAAGAACCUUCUGGCACAAUCUGUCAAAUGCCCGCAGGAUCGCUGCCUUGACGCCGUUUACACGCCAUCCGGACCGACAUAACCACGCCCUGGGCCCUGCGACCACGGAGUGCAGAGUCUCAGCUUUGUUCGGAUACAGAUUGUGGACAGCGAGUGUGGGCAAUAUUCACGUCACGACGUACGACUCAGUCGUCCCCGUUCUGCAUGACACCGAAUUUCCAUCUCCAAGGACCAUAGCAUCCAAAGCAGGUUAA